AUGCCUGCUUCUUUUAAGCGUUACGUUGAGGUUGGCCGUGUCGUCCUCGUCGAGGAGGGCCCCUCUGCCGGCCAGCUCGCCGUCAUUGUUGAGGUCAUCGACCACAACAGGGCCAUCAUUGACUCCCCCUCCACCGGUGUCACCCGUCAGCCUUUCGCUUUCAAGCACCUCACCUUGACCAAGCUCAUCAUCCGUGGUCUCCCCCGUGGUGCUGGUUCGCCCGCCGUCAAGAAGUUCUUCGAGAAGUCCGGUGUUGCCGAGAAGUGGGCUCAGUCCGGUUGGGCCAAGAAGCGUGCCUCUGUCAAGGCUCGCCGCUCGCUCUCUGACUUUGACCGAUUCAACGUCAUGCUCCUCAAGAAGCAGCGCCGCAAUGUGCUCUCGCCCGCCACCAAGAAGGCCUCCGCCUAA